CUGAUGGUGGGCGGGAGCGGUUGAGAGCGGAGCCCGGACGCAGGGUUUCAGUCGGCGCCGCAAUGCCGAACAUUGUUCUGUUCAGCGGCAGCUCCCACCAGGACCUGUCACAGCGGGUGGCCGACAGGCUCGGCCUGGAGCUGGGCAAAGUGGUGACCAAGAAAUUCAGCAACCAGGAGACAUGUGUGGAAAUUGGGGAGAGUGUGCGAGGAGAAGAUGUGUACAUCAUCCAAAGUGGCUGUGGGGAAAUCAAUGAUAAUUUGAUAGAGCUGUUGAUCAUGAUAAACGCCUGCAAAUUUGCAUCGUCAUCUCGAGUCACUGCAGUUAUUCCUUGUUUUCCUUAUGCUAGACAAGACAAGAAGGACAAGAGUCGUGCCCCAAUUUCAGCUAAGCUUGUGGCCAAUAUGCUGUCAGUUGCUGGAGCAGAUCACAUCAUCACCAUGGAUUUGCAUGCCUCACAGAUACAGGGUUUCUUUGAUAUACCCGUGGAUAACUUGUAUGCAGAACCAGCUGUACUGCAGUGGAUAAAGGAGAAUAUUCCAGAAUGGAGGAAUUCCAUAAUUGUCUCUCCAGAUGCUGGUGGAGCUAAAAGGGUGACAUCAAUUGCUGAUAGGUUGAAUGUUGAAUUUGCACUGAUCCACAAAGAAAGAAAGAAGGCAAAUGAGGUGGAUAGAAUGGUGCUCGUUGGCGAUGUUAAAGAUAGAGUGGCCAUUCUUGUGGAUGACAUGGCGGACACAUGUGGAACCAUAUGUCAUGCUGCUGACAAAUUGCUGUGUGCUGGUGCUACCAAAGUUUAUGCUAUCCUUACUCAUGGUAUCUUCUCUGGCCCUGCUAUUAGUCGAAUAAACAAUGCAGCUUUUGAAGCUAUUGUUGUAACAAACACCAUUCCACAAGAAGAAAAAAUGAAGAUUUGCCCAAAAGUUCGGGUGAUUGAUAUCUCCAUGAUCCUCGCUGAGGCAAUACGCAGGACCCACAAUGGCGAAUCUGUGUCAUAUCUGUUCAGCCAUGUUCCGCUGUAAGGCGAUUAGAUUUCAGCUUUGCUGCGUUGUUCUGGUCUGAACACUGCUCUGCUGCAUUCUGAGGAACCCAUCAUCAUUUACUGGAAUACUGAAGUUAACCACACCCAGCUUGAAAGGGCCCACUGGCUGUACCAAACUGGAAAAAAUUACGUUCAUAUUUGAAAGCAUGAAAACAUUAACUAUUUUAAAUGUCGUGUACUGGAUUUUAUUUCUCAUAUCACUUUGUUUCUGGGGAAGAAUAAUGCGUUGUGGAAAGGACAGCAGAGUUCUGUUUUUUGUACUUUUAGAAAUGUAAGCUUUUGAGAAGUGAAUUUCUAUGAAAUCUCAAACUUGUUACUGGCUAUGUGGCUUUUCUACACCAGCACACAAGCCUGUUAAAUACUGCUUUUUAUGGGAAACAAAUGUUUGGAAAAUAUUUGGGAUACGACACAAUACUAAUAAUUAUCAACAGACAUUCCACAAGCUAUUAAAACUGAUUUGGACAUUCAAAUCUAGUUGACUAUUUGCAUUCUACUGCAACAGAGGAAACUGGUCAAUAAACUUGCAAGUUGAUUAAUAAAUGAAUUCCAGUACCAAUGCAAUUUUGAAGUGUGAAAGCAAAUAAUUGCAGCCAAAUUGCGAUGUGUUGAGUGGCUUAAAUAAAAUGAUUUUUCUGCAGAAAAAAAUAGCUCGCUGCAAUAACUUGCUAUUUUUGUCCAAAAACCAAUUGAGCAGAUGUGCAGAAGUUAGCAGAAGAAGCAAUAUAAAAAUUAAAUUCUCUAGUGCAGCAGCUUCAUGUUAAAGUUCAAAACACAAGUCCAGUCUCAUGUUUACAAGUUCUAAAGUACAUCUGUUUUUGAUCAGCUGGGUGUUGAUUUAAAUUGAGCACUGGUCCCAUUAGGGGAGAGGCAGCUGCUGAGUCCUUGUUUGAACUUUGCAUGUGGCCUUUCUUAAAGGCAGGUUUUAUUCGCCAGGUAAGCGGUUUCGAAAUUAGAGAAACUAUUCAAAUGAAUGAUUUGGGAAACAUCACUGAAAGUAAAGUUGAAGCUCUUUAUCUCUCUGCACUAAAUUAUUGAAAAUAUUGCAAUGCUGUGGCCCAUGGAGCUGGGGGAAUUUGUUGAGAAAUAAUCUAAGGCUUUCUAGUCAACAAAAGGAGACUUCUGUUCAGCAAACCUGCAGGGUAUUUCUAGUCACUUGCUGAUGUUGGCCCUGCCCCCUUAAAGUAAGGGAAGCUACAACUAAUAUUGCAGUAAUUCUGAAUUCAAUUCUUCCUUCAUAUUAUUUUGUCUUUAACUGUAACAUUGCCAACAUGGGGUAGAAAUACUUCAAAUGACCAUGCUAGCAGACCACCUGUGCUACUGCUUAAGUUGGCUCGGAGUUUGUUUUAAUAAGAAGUUAGCACUCAAACAUGUAUUGAGCAAUGUGUUCUUCUGUUAAAGUGAUGCUAUGUGUAACUUUGUGUGUCCCUUUGAAGUCCCAAGAUGUAACUGCUGUUUUUCUUCUGUUGGUGGUUGAUUGCUCUUAACAAAUACAGUACUCGGGUCAAUCAGAAGUCACACUGGCUUGCAUAUUUUUACUCUUUAGCUAUGUAAUUUAUUAAGUUGGCUGAAUAAGUGUAAUUAUGUUAUAAAGCAUUAUGGAAUUGUUUACUGUA